UGAUCCUCUGCGCAAAAUCCGUUUUUUUCAGCCGCCGACCAGCACGACAUCGCACAUCUACUGCCCGGAUACCGCACGCCAUCAGGAAGCCCAAAGGAUCCGCACGUCCUUUUAUCACGACAGUUUGCAUAAAUACCGACCGCAUCCCAUCGACUUUUUCGACCUCAACCCAAAAUGUGUCGUCUUCUCGUGUAUAAGGGCACAGAGCCCAUCCAGAUCUCCCAUCUCGUGACCCGUCCAAGACACAGUAUCAUCAAUCAAGCCUUCGAGUCCAGGCUCCGUAUGCCCAGUAGCCGUCCCCUCAAUGCGGACGGUUUUGGUCUCGGCUGGUACGACUCUCUCCCCGCCCUCCCUGCCAACGCCGUCCCUCGCGCUGCUACCACCCCCGCCCCCGUCGACUCUCUCGAUGCGACCCCCACCUCCUGCACCUGCCCCAACAUCGUCACCGCCCAAGCUUCCCACUCCCAGGCGUAUGAUGUCCAGGGGAACAACUAUCCCGUCGGUGCGGACGGCCAGAUCGAUGAGAAGGCUGUAGAGGUCAUGAAGGAGCGCGAGAGGGAGAGGGAGCUAGAGAACGAAAAGCCGUGUCUAUUCAAGUCCAUUUCGCCUGCCUGGAGUAAUGCCAACCUCACUCGACUCGCCGAAAAGAUCCGCUCCUCGCUAGUAUUUGCCCACGUCCGAGCAUCUACCAUGGCCGGCGCACCCAGCGAGGACAAUUGCCACCCGUGGAUGUUUGACAAGCUCAUGUGGAUGCACAAUGGCGAAAUCAACGAGUUCCCCAAGAUCAAGCGGGCAUUACAGGCGAGCUUGCCCGAGGAGCUAUUCUUGUAUCCUUCGGGAUAUACGGAUUCGGAGUGGGCGUUCAUGGUGUUUUUGAGCAAGCUCAAAGACCCUCAUGCGCGCUCGUUCACCCACGUGGAACUCAGAGACGCCAUGAUGGAGACUGUUCACUUUAUCAACAAGCUCUCCAAAGAAGCUGGCUGCACCGGCCCUUCUUUGAUGAACUUUGUAGUCACCGACGGAUCUACAGUGGUGGCUACCCGCUACAUCUCAUCCCGUACCUCUGAAGCCUCCUCUCUCUUCUUCUCCUCUGGCACUUCGUUUGACGAGUACCAAGGCUCAGGCCGCGGACUGUAUCGAAUGACAAAGGCAGACAAGAGGGAAAACAUCAUCAUGAUUGCCAGUGAGCCGUUAACAUUUGAGAGGAGCGAUUGGAUGGAGGUCAAGACAAACACCAUGGUCGUCAUUACACCCAAGAUGAACCUUCUCCAAAUACCAAUCAUUGAUGAGUACUGGGUCCCGCCACAAGACCCAGCCGCUCUCGCUAGAUCACGCGACUUUGCCAUCAAGAGAGGGUUCGGUCUCGGGUUUGCGAGCGAUGCGGCUAGGAAUGAGAUUGCGGCUGCAGCUUAGAACCACUACGCUUGAUUGACUCUCACAUUUUUGUACAUUAUCUUCAUGAUAUACUUGCGCAUACACAUACUUUAUUGCAUCCCAUACUAUACUACUUUAUGCAUGCCUCUGUCGGCUC